GAGAGGGCCGCGCUCCCCUGGCGGAGCCGCGCUGGGGUGGCACGCCGGCCGCGGCCAUGCAGCCUUGACCGGGUCGCUCCGGCGCGCGGGGGACCAGCCGCGCUCUCUCGGGACGGGGCAUCCGGGCGCAGCGGCGCUUCACCUCCGACCUCCUAGCCCAGCGGGGGGCGAAGUUGUUUACCAUGGAGCCCGUAACGAAGUGGAGCCCCAAACAAGUGGUGGACUGGACUCGAGGGUUAGAUGACUGCCUGCAGCAGUAUGUCCACAAGUUUGAGCGGGAGAAGAUCAACGGCGAGCAGCUGCUGCAGAUUUCCCAUCAGGAUCUGGAGGAGCUGGGGGUCACGCGGAUUGGACACCAGGAGCUUGUGUUGGAGGCUGUUGACCUUCUCUGUGCACUGAAUUAUGGCCUUGAAACUGAUAAUAUGAAGAACUUGGUUCUGAAACUGCGAGCGUCUUCUCACAAUUUACAGAAUUACAUUAGUAGCCGGCGGAAAAGUCCAGCUUACGAUGGGAACAACUCCCACAAGCCCCCUAACGAGUUCCUGACUUCCGUGGUGGAGCUCAUCGGCGCUGCUAAGGCCUUGCUAGCGUGGCUGGACCGGGCUCCAUUUACAGGAAUCACUGAUUUCUCAGUCACGAAGAACAAAAUCAUUCAACUUUGCUUGGACUUGACCACUACAGUUCAGAAGGAUUGCCUUGUAGUGGAAAUGGAAGAUAAAGUUCUAACUGUGGUCAAGGUUUUAAAUGGCAUCUGCGACAAAACCAUCCGCUCCACUACGGACCCCGUUAUGAGCCAGUGUGCAUGCCUGGAGGAAGUUCACCUUCCCAACAUUAAACCUGGGGAGGGUCUGGGCAUGUACAUCAAAUCAACUUAUGAUGGAUUGCACGUGAUUACUGGAACCACAGAAAAUUCUCCUGCAGACAGAUCUCAGAAGAUUCAUGCAGGUGACGAAGUCAUUCAAGUUAAUCGACAAACUGUGGUGGGGUGGCAACUAAAAAAUCUAGUGAAGAAAUUGAGAGAGAAUCCCACAGGAGUCGUGUUACUGCUUAAGAAACGCCCUACCGGGUCUUUCAACUUCACUCCUGCUCCCCUGAAAAACCUCCGCUGGAAGCCACCGCUCGUGCAGACCUCGCCUCCUCCCACGACAACCCAGUCCCCUGAAAGCACCAUGGAUACCUCACUGAAGAAGGAGAAGCCGGCCAUCAUGGGUCUUUACAUUCCUCCUCCGCCCUCCGUUCCCUACUCACCCCGGGAUGAGAAUGGGAGUUUUGUUUAUGGAGGAAUCGGUAAAUGUAAACAACCACCACCUGCUCCUAAAGGCUCAGAGUCCCCGAAUUCCUUCUUGGACCAGGAAAGCCGGAGACGGAGAUUCACCAUUGCCGAUUCAGAUCAGUUGCCUGGGUACUCGGUGGAAACCAAUAUUCUGCCCACAAAAAUGAGAGAGAAAACACCCUCUUAUGGCAAGCCCCGGCCUUUGUCCAUGCCUGCAGAUGGGAAUUGGAUGGGGAUUGUGGAUCCAUUCGCCAGACCUCGAGGUCAUGGCCGGAAAGCUUUGGGUUCCACCCAGCUGACAUCAUACAUGGCUACUGAUGGCAGUACUCUGGUUCCCUUGCGUCAGAAGCCGAGGAGGAAAACUCAAGGGUUUUUCAGGAUGAGUCGGAGGAGGAUAUCAUGUAAAGAUCUGGGACAUGCUGACUGCCAAGGGUGGCUGUAUAAGAAAAAGGAAAAGGGAACUUUCCUAAGCAACAAAUGGAAAAAGUUCUGGGUGGUGCUGAAGGGGUCGUCGCUGUACUGGUAUAGCAAUCAAAUGGCAGAGAAAGCUGAUGGAUUUGUCAACCUACCUGAUUUCACUGUGGAAAGAGCAUCUGAAUGCAAGAAAAAGCAUGCUUUUAAGAUCAGCCAUCCACAGAUCAAGACCUUUUAUUUCGCAGCUGAAAAUGUGCAGGAAAUGAAUGUGUGGUUAAAUAAGCUUGGAUUAGCUGUAAUCCAUCAUGAAGCCACUACAAAGGAUGAAGAAUGUUACAGUGAAAGUGAACAGGAAGAUUCUGAAAUGACUGUGGAGACACCACCCCCUCCUUCUUCCCAACCUCAGUCUCCUUCGAUAUGUGCCAACCAGGCAUCUUCAUCCUCACCCCAACUGAGUGGAACAUCGUGUUCUUUCUCUUCCCGGGAAAAUACAAUAAAGACACCCAGCAGAUCUUCUUCCUCCUUACCUAAAGAAAGACAGUCCUGGCUCGAGAUAGUUAACAGUUCGUCUGCUGCUGAAGAUGUGGGACAAUCUAUAACAUUUACUGUGCAGGUUCAUUCCUCUGCACCCUCUGAGGCAAACAGUUGCAAAGCCCUGGAAAACAGCUUUGGCACAUCCGAAAGUGGAUUUUUGAACUCUUUAUCUAGUGAUGACACUUCUUCGUUGAGUAGCAACCACGAUCAUCUUACUGUCCCCGAUAAACCUACUGGAUCAAAGACAAUGGACAGAGAAGAAACAAAAGCGUCUGAAGAUGAAAUGGAGAAACUCUUCAAAUCAUUAGAGCAAGCUAGUCUAUCUCCUCUUGGAGACCGACGACCUUCAACCAAAAAGGAGUUGAGAAAGUCCUUUGUUAAGCGGUGCAAAAAUCCGUCCAUAAAUGAGAAACUCCACAAAAUCCGAACCUUGAACAGCACAUUAAAGUGCAAAGAACGUGAUCUGGCCAUGAUUAACCAGUUACUGGAUGAUCCAAAGCUAACAGCCAGGAAAUACAGAGAGUGGAAGGUCAUGAACACCAUCCUGAUUCAGGAAAUUUAUCAGCAACAGCGGGCCACACCUGCCCCUGAAGACACCUCCCAGGAACUCAAGAAACCACCUUCCUCUGCCUGUGUUGAAAAUUCUAUUUGAGAAAAAGCCAGGAUUCUCUCCUCUUCAAGUUUGCCACAAGCAACUCUUCAAGAUGUUGCAAGAGCUUACAUGUUUCCUUAAAAGGAAAACUGAAACCCAAUCCCUCAAGCGUCAGCUGCCCCUCAGAAGAUGCACCUUAGAUGAAGACAAUCACCAAAUACAGCAGGACUUCUCAUUCCAGUUGAAACGCAUCUGUGGAGAUUGGAAUGAUUGAGUUCAGCUGAACAAACAUUUUUUGUGUCUCUACUGGGAGCUCAUGGUGAUGCUAGGCUCUAGGUGGGAUGUGAGAAAUGUAUCUUCUGUUCCUUGCUCUCAAGAAAAUUCUAUGGACAAAAGUCAAAUUUUACCAGGGACAAUUAUUCAUAGAAACAUUCUGUUUUCCGAAAGAAAAAUAUAGAUAUUCCACCUGGUUGGGCAGCUGCGUUUCCCCAAAACAGUUUUAUCUUUUUUUUUUUUGAGUGGAGGAAUGUUUUCCACAGCAGGAAUUGGAGUAGGACAAACGUGAACGUGAUUAUUGCAGAACAAGAAUAAAAAUUCCUCGCCUUUGGUAUGAAACGGUGGUGCCUUUUGCACUUGUUGAAAAAUACUUUGUAGACGAUGGUGUGUGAGAGAGUCCAUGGAGGAGACGUGUUCUCUAUUCCACUCACUCAAAGGGCAGCUUGGUAUUGUCACACUUGACCCAGGUUAGGGAGUCUGAUGAAUGUUUCUUUUCCUCUCAACAGCUAACGAAACUAUCUCGUCAGUUGAGAUCUCUAUUCCUUCCUAGUUUUUUCACACAAUGGUAGGGAAUGGUCAUAAGUCCGGCAAAGAAUAUUUGCUGCUUUUGUCCUGGGCUGUGGUGCCUACACACAGUAUGAGUUUAUACCUAGGUUUCCUGGGAUCAAUAUCAACAAGGUGAUUUUGGCAACAAGAUGAUAUUGUUUUAAUAUCCUCACUCAAGAGAAACCCCAAAACAAACAAAAAACAGAAGAGUUAAAACAUAGUUGUUUUAUUUUUGUAUGUUUAUGUGUCACUUUGUGUGCUAUGUGAAUAGCUAUCUAUAAUAUGUUUGUUAUUUAAAUAUAUUUAUAGAAGUUCAAAUUAUUAGUGUUUUAAAAGAUGGUAUACUAUUAUAUGUUGUACUCAAUAUAUACUUGACGUAUAUACUUUUUGCUUGAGAAAAAUAAGAAUACGGUUGAUUCAUUGGAGUUAUGUUGCACUAUAAUGUUUGAGGAAUGCUCAGGAAAUCUUGUGAGGAAAAAAGUAAGGGCAUGCAUUUAUAUUUUUUUCAAUUUUCUUUCCCUUCCUCUCCCCUUUGUGCUCUUAAAUUUCUCUAUCUCUUGGCACUCUUUUAAACAGAAAAGGACUUUCAUUUUAGGUUAUUCUUCCUAUUAAUUAAAUUUUAAACUUCAUGUCAUUUAUGCCUAUAAAUCUUAGACCAAAUGCAACACAACUAAUGUAAUCUGUUGACUAAAGAUUAAUAGAAAUCUGGGGUUGUUGGUAAAGACAACACACAGAUAAAUAAUAUGAAAGUCUUUUCUUACUAAUCACCAUGAAUAUUUCUUAUCAUCAGAAUAACCACAACCCAACAAGAACCCAUUUUGGCUCACCUGCCCCUCACAAAUCGUUCACACACACACACACACACACACACACACAUACACACACACACACACACACACACACACGUCCUUUCAAAGUGUGACUUGACAUUCAAAUGGAAAUAAUCCACUGAAUUGUAUCCACAAACUAAAGGGAAAUAGUUGCUCAAUAUUUCUCCAGGCUUUCCUAAGAAGACUUAGCACUCUGUAAACACAAAACAAUCUUGCCAUUAAGAAAUUUAAACAAACAAACAAAAACCAAGAAGCAAGUUGUGGUACUAGAAGCUUCUCUAAGAUAAGAGGCCAUGUCAGUCAGUUUGGCCCAGCAAGCAAUUAGGUAUUCCUACACCUAGGUGGACUCACGGAAGAGGAACCUGACCUGCAGAGACCUGAGAGACUAACAUUUCAGGUUCUCAGAUUGGACCCUGUUGCUCCGGUUUGAGAGGCCAAUUCUUUAACUUCCUGACUCUGGAAAUUAUCUUUGUUUUUUUUUUUUAAUGUAAGGCCAUUUAACAUUUUUAUUUUAUUUUUUGAGCCAGGUU